AGAUACCAAGCCUGAAGCAGUUAUGUCUGAACUGGUACCAGAGACACGGCCAAAGCCCGUAGUACCAAUGAAACCUGUCAGUAUUAAUUCCAACUUACUGGGUUACAUUGGGAUUGACACUAUCAUAGAGCAAAUGCGGAAGAAGACCAUGAAAACCGGAUUUGACUUCAACAUCAUGGUUGUAGGCCAAAGUGGACUUGGAAAAUCAACACUUGUAAAUACCCUGUUCAAAUCCCAAGUAAGCAGGAAAUCUUCAGGCUGGAACCGUGAGGAGAAGAUCCCCAAGACUGUGGAGAUCAAGGCUAUUGGGCAUGUUAUUGAAGAAUGUGGUGUCAAAAUGAAGCUGACGGUUAUUGACACUCCUGGAUUUGGUGACCAGAUCAACAAUGAAAAUUGCUGGGAGCCCAUUGAAAAAUACAUCAAUGAGCAAUAUGAGAAAUUCCUGAAGGAAGAGGUGAAUAUUGCCAGAAAGAAACGAAUCCCAGAUACAAGAGUCCACUGUUGCCUCUACUUUAUCUCUCCCACAGGCCACUCUUUACGACCUUUGGAUAUGGAAUUUAUGAAACAUUUGAGCAAAAUGGUAAAUAUUAUUCCAGUUAUUGCCAAGGCAGACACCAUGACUCUGGAAGAAAAGAUUGAGUUCAAACAGAGGGUCCGUAAGGAACUAGAAGUCAAUGGAAUUGAAUUUUAUCCCCAGAAAGAGUUUGAUGAAGAUCUUGAAGACAAAGCCGAGAAUGACAAAAUCAGGCAGGAAAGUAUGCCAUUUGCUGUGGUGGGCAGUGACAAAGAGUAUCAAGUGAAUGGGAAAAGAGUCUUAGGGAGAAAAACACCUUGGGGAGUCAUUGAAGUGGAAAAUCUCAACCAUUGUGAAUUUGCUCUACUACGAGAUUUUGUCAUUAGGACCCACCUUCAAGACCUAAAAGAAGUCACUCACAACAUCCACUAUGAAACUUACAGGGCGAAACGACUGAAUGACAAUGGAGGACUCCCCCCAGUGACCGUAGAGACAGAAGAAAAUCAUGAAAGCAAUUUGUGA